CGUCGUCACCAACACCUCUUUCACUACCACCACAGGAAACAUCAUCACAACAAGAAGAAUCACUAUCAUACAGUCAAAGUCAAAUUGACCAUGCACAAAUCCACCAUUGCCAUUUCAAUGCUGCGACAUCAUCAACAACAGUAAGUGGUUCGACAACAGCUCCACUAAUAGGUCAACCAACAGCUCCACCGCCACCAGCUCCAUAA